UAAGAAAAUUGACGGUGACUUGCUCUCGCCGGUAAGAAGGAACCGCUGAGGUGAUGAUCUCCGGUGCUCCGGCGUCGGGCAAAGGAACCCAAUGCCAGAUGAUCGUCGAGAAAUAUGGAUUAGUUCACAUUUCAACCGGGGAUCUGUUGAGGGCUGAAGUGUCGUUAGGUACAGAAAUUGGAAAGAAAGCAAAAGAAUACAUGGACAAUGGCCAUCUUGUCCCAGAUGAAAUUGUUACAGAUAUGGUAAUAUCACGACUUUCACGAGAGGAUGUUAAAGAGAAGGGAUGGCUUCUUGAUGGAUAUCCGAGAAGUUUUUCACAAGCAAGCAGCCUUGAGAAGCUUAAAAUACGGCCAGACAUAUAUAUUCUUCUAGAUGUUCCUGAUGAUAUUCUAAUCGACAGAUGUGUUGGACGAAGGUUGGAUCCCGUGACAAGUAAAAUUUACCAUGUCAAGAACUUUCCUCCAGAAACAGAGGAGAUAUCAGCACGACUUUUGACACGUCCAGAUGAUACUGAAGAAAAGGUUAAAUCACGUCUUGAGACUUAUAAGCGAAAUACUGAAGCUAUCUUGUCAACUUACGUGGAUUUGCUCAAUAAGGUUGAUGGAAAUCGCUCCAGGGAAGCUGUUUUCUCAGAAAUAGACUCCCUGUUGCAGCGAGUCCAGGAGGAUGCUGUAAAGUCUAGGAGCUUGGAAAAAUCUAGAGGAGACUUGAUACCUGUUAAUAGUAUUAAUUUAAACGUGGAAGCUUCUGGCAAGGAUAAAUGGCGAGGGAUUCCUACCAGAUUGAAUAACAUUCCUCAUUCUAGGGAAAUAAGAGAAUACUUUUAUGAUGAUGUAUUGGGGGCUACACAGAGAGCUGUAGAAGACAAAAGAGUCCGAUUAAAGGUGGAAAUCAACAUUCCUGAGCUAAAUCCAGAAAUGGAUGUUUAUCGAAUAGGUACCUUGAUGGAACUUGUACGAACACUUGCCCUUUCAUUUGCUGAUGAUGGAAAACGCGUCAAGGUUUGCGUCCAAGGUUCUAUGGGAGAAGGUGCACUUGCUGGAAUGCCUUUGCAACUUGCUGGAAGUCGAAAGAUUUUGGAAUACAUGGAUUGGGGUGAAUAUGGAGCUAAGGGAACCUUUAUAAAAAUUGGAUCCAUAGGUGGCCGAGAGGUUGAUGAAGAAGAUGAUAUAUUUAUACUUGUCGCUCCACAAAAUGCUGUUGGGAACUGUAUAAUAGAUGAUAUGCAAGCUAUGACAGAUGCAGCUGGUGACCGUCCAGUGAUUCUAAUCAAUCCCCGCCUAAAGGAUUUGCCAGGUUCAAGCGGUAUAAUGCAAACGAUGGGAAGAGAGGAGAGAUUGAAGUAUGCAGCAUCGUUUGAGAAUUGUUAUUUCUUUCGGCUUCUUUACUAUGCUGGCACUCAGUAUCCAAUAAUGGGUGCGCUAAGAAUGACUUACCCAUACCGCUGGGAUCUCUACAAGAGAGUAGAUGAGCCCUCUGGAAAGGAGAGAUAUGUCAUAAUAGCCACAUUCCCGGAAAAACCAACAGGGGAUGAAAUCAAUGAUGCAUUUGAAGGAAAACCAAGAAACAAAAAGGGCUCGGCUUCAGGAAUUUGGGGUUUCUUGAGUGGGAUAUUACAAGCAUGAACAAGAUUCUGCGAUUGUUCCGGCAUCACCUGAUCCUGCUGGAAAGUAGCACGGAAUAUGCAACCAUGUGCAUGGUAUUGAUGCAAAUGAAGAUAGGAAAGGAAGCUAAAAGCAGAAUUUUUGUGCCACGCCACAAAAAUAGGAUAUGAUAAGUGAAGCACAGGUGAGAAACAAAAUAUAUCGAUGGGCCUUGAGUCUUUUCAUUCAUGAUAUGCAGCUUAAGUGCUGGAUUUUUUUCCUUAUUUUCUAUACGUUGUAGCCUUCAUCAUAAAUUGGAA